AGAACAGGGAAGGGGGCGCUUGUUUUCCCCCCCGCCCCCUCCCUCUCCCUCUGGCUUUAAAAAGUGAAAUAGCCCUUUGAAGAGGAAGAGAGGGGGGCAGUCCUGUACUCCCAUGCAGCCUGGACUGUAAGGAGCAUUUAAUGUGCCGACUCUAACCCAGAUACCAGACAAACCAGAGAGCCAGGGAGCCAGCUGAGGACCUGACAGAGCACGGGCAUGAACGACAUCAAGCUGGCCCUGCUGGGAAGCCAGGGGGCUGGGAAAUCAGCUGUCCUUGUGCGGUUCCUGACCAGGCGCUUCAUUGGUGAAUAUGCCUCGAACACCAAUUCCCUGUACCAUAAAAGGCUGUCGAUCGAAGGCAGGCAGCUGAACCUGGAGGUUUUUGACCCCUGCUCUCAGAGCUCGGAGGCCAGGUGUAUACUGGAGGAGCCCGUCGACUGGGCAGAUGGCUUCGUGGUGGUGUACAACAUCAGCGACCGCACUUCCUUCAUCAACGCCAAGAACAUCCUGCGGCAGAUUCGGGAGGCGCGCGUCGGCAACUGCAAAGGGGAGGUGGAGGUUCCUGUGUGCCUGGUGGGCAACAAGCAGGACCUGUGCCAUGCCCGGCAGGUACGUGAGGACGAGGGCCGCUGCCUGGCUCAGGAGAACCACUGUCACUUUCAGGAGGUCUCGGCGGCCGAGAGCUACCAGGACAUCGCCAACCUCUUCACACAACUCAUCCGGCAGGUGAUGGAGCACCUGAAGUACCGAGCCGACCGACGGCGCUACAGCGGCUCCAAGUCCAUGGCCAAGCUCAUCAACAACGUGUUUGGCAAGAGGAGGAAGUCAGUGUGAAGGUUCCAGUGAUCAGCUGGAGGGACUGGGAUGUUGUGUGUAUGGAUCCAUGUUAAAGGGAACUUGCCAAGAGGUUACGUGCUGUGUGUGAAAACUGUUGAGCACAUUCAUACACAGCGGUCCAAACACCAACCCUGUGUUCACUCUGUGAGCAACAUGUUUGGUUGGUGGGAAGGUUUGCAAGAAAACAUUAGUCUUGUUGAUUUGGUUCUCUGCUUUGAGAUGAGAACAGCUUGUACACAUCAGCGGUGGAAUGUAGCUAAAAAUAUUGACGCAAGUAAAACUGUAAUUAGGUACAAAUUCCAGAGCUUAGAGAAAAAAAAUUCAGAUUCAUAGGAAAUUAUCUGGAUCUGGGUUCUUCCCUGGCCCAUGACCCGAUCCAGCCGACAAAUAAACAACUCAACAAAACAAAUCAACAAACGGGUGAAAACACAGCUUCGUUAGUGGAGGUACCAAAAGCAGCAGUGAAAUGUAAUAUACACAUCAAAAUGCAAUGAUCCAAAAAUAUAAUAUUUAAGAGUAAAACAUUGACAGGGACCAUUUUUCUACAUAAUGAGUACUUUACUGAUAAUACUUACACUUUUACUUAAGGUAUGGUUUUGAGCUCUUGACUAUUUCUUGUAAUGGAGGAUCACCACACUGUGGUGUUGCUAGUUAUAAUUAAGUAAAGGAUCUGAAUACUGAGCUUUUUGUUGCUUGAGUUUUAACAAAUUAUUCUAUAAAAUGGAAUAAUUUUUUUUAUUUAAACAUCUGGCUAAUUAGAGGUCUGCUUGGACUGAAGUUAGGGUGAGUAAAGCUGGCAGUUAUGGGAGGUCAUUAAACUACAGGUGCCAAUAAGAAUGAUGAAGGUGUAAAUUGUUCCUUUCAGGUGCAACAAAGAUAUGAGGAAAAUGUAGAUUAAGCACAUUCUGUGCUUGCAGCCAAAAAUCAGGUCUAAUCAGACGCAGAAAGUGAAAACACCUGUGUGGGUGUACCACAGGUGUGUAGGGUUUUUCAUAAAAUAAGCCACAUUUCUCAGUGUUCAUUACUGUCUUCAGUCAGCUGUAGAGGAACCAUGUAUAAAUACGGCCUAAAACCAACAGCAUUAUGAUUCAGAUCAGGAAAUUACUGAUUAAACAGCAAGUAAACAAGACUAAGAAUGUAACCAAACAUUCAGCGCCAACUUCCAGUACUUAGUGGGUUUCGGAUACAGACACAGUUAAGAAAGAAUUAGUGCUGCCGCCUGCCAAGAGCAGAUACAGCUGCUUUCCAAGCAUAAUUUCUGUCUGGUUUACUGCUGCAGCUUUCUCACAUAAAACCUGUAACAAACUCAUCAGACAGUUCAUCUGUUCACCCUGAAACAAAAUCACAACAUGGAGGCAUGCACAUGUCUGAUUAACCAGUGAUUAGCCAGUGACAGUGAAAUGUUCCAGCUCUGGUCAACUGCUUGCCGAGCAUCCACACAACAACAAAGCCCCCCCCCCCCCCCCCCCCCCCCCCCCGUGAACACGCUAACAUGCCACAUGAUCAUUUCAACAUGCCACAUUUAAACUUUGCUUUGAGCAUCUUCCUGCAAGCAACUCUCUCUUCAGCUCAGUGUUUUAUGUUUUGUUUGAGGGGAAAAAGCCAGUUUUUCAUGCAUUUAUUGACACUUUAAUGAACGUAAUAGAUAGAUAUUUUAUAUAGUUUCAUAAUAAUGCUAUAUAUUUUGGAAGCCAUAGUGUUUGUUUAUAGUUGAUUACUAUCCUUUUGAUCGUAACGUGUCAUACUCACGGCCGGAUUAACCUCCCAGGGGGCCCCGGGGCAAAGAUUUAUGGUUUUGACCCCCACAGCACAUGGCAAUUUCAUUAUUUCCCCAGGCACUCAGAAACCAACUGGUACUCUAGAGCAGAAAUAAUCAAUUAAUGAAUCAAUUAGCCAGUUGACAGAAAAUUAAUUUGCAGCAAUUCUGAUAAUUGAUUUAUAGUUCAAAUCAUUUUUAAGCAGAAAUGCCAAAGAUUCACUGGUUUUUGACCUGUGAAUCUCAGUUCAUUGGGCUUUAGGGGAUAAUGAUUUGACAUUUUUCAUCAUAAACAUUCAAUCUGUUAUUAAAAAAUAUUUGUCAGACGCAUUGAUUGAAAGUGAUCAUUGGUUGCAGCCUUACAGUUCUUCUAUGAUGGAAUAAUACGGCCUAGCUGUGGGUUUUCUGAGGAUGAAGGACCUAUCGUAACUGAUGUUGGAGUUUAGUGGAGCAAAAUUUUUUUUUAACAAAUAUAUGAUGAAUCAAAUCAUAUGGACAGAAAUUAUAUGGAGUAAACAUUAUAUGGAGCUUUGGGGUCCCUGGGAAGUUGCUUUGCUUUGCCGUGUUAGUCAUCCAGCGUUUGUUAUGCUCCCUCUCUCACUGCUCAUAUUGUUGUUAUCCAUGAUUAAAGUAUGUAACUGCUUCAUCUGAUAUAUUGUGUAUAUAUUAUUGGCAAAUUUAAUAAAUCUUGUAAAUAUCAGAAUCAGAGUAAUUAAAAAAUAUCUUGAAUGUGAACUGAAGACUUUUAAACUUUAUUUUAAAAAAAUUCAAAACAAAAAACACUAACAAAUACCAAACAAGGGUAUGAACCGGUUUAGUGCUGUGCUGGUGGUCCCCUUAAAUCCAGUUAUGUCACUGAUGCUGUACAGGAAGAAUGCACCACACAUUGUGAAAAAUUAGUAAGUACAACACAUAUGCAGUGUUUUAUAGGUGAAUGCUCCUUUUGU